AUGGUGGUGAUAGCAGCAGAAAUUGCUUUGGAGAAGGAAGACUUUGUGGUGUGUGUGUAUGCAGCAGUGAACACCGUUGUCUACUCCCUCAAGUUUGACAUCUACAGGAAGGUGCCAAAAGACCUUACACAGCCAACCUACACAGGGGCUAUUAUCUCUGUCUGCUGCUGUCUCUUCAUACUGUUUCUCUUCCUGUCGGAGCUCACCGGAUUCAUAGCCACUGAAAUAGUUAAUGAGCUCUACGUGGAUGACCCAGACAAAGACAGCGGAGGCAAAAUAGAAGUGAAUCUGAACAUCAGUUUGCCAAACCUGCAUUGUGAAUUAGUGGGACUAGACAUCCAAGAUGAAAUGGGAAGGCACGAAGUGGGUCACAUUGACAACUCGAUGAAGAUACCUCUCAAUAAUGGGGAUGGCUGCAGGUUUGAGGGCCAUUUCAGCAUCAACAAGGUCCCUGGUAACUUUCACGUGUCAACGCACAGUGCCACUGCGCAGCCUCAGAAUCCUGACAUGACUCACAUCAUCCACAAGCUCUCAUUUGGGGACAAGUUACAGGUCCAUAACGUUCACGGAGCAUUCAAUGCCUUGGAGGGAGCAGACAAACUCAGCUCAAAUCCUCUUGCAUCUCAUGAUUACAUACUGAAGAUAGUCCCGACGGUGUACGAAGACAUGAGCGGCAAGCAGCGAUACUCAUACCAAUACACUGUAGCAAAUAAGGAGUACGUAGCCUACAGUCACACUGGCCGCAUUAUCCCAGCUAUCUGGUUUCGUUACGACCUGAGUCCCAUCACAGUGAAAUACACAGAGAGGCGACAGCCUUUGUACAGGUUUAUCACGUCGAUAUGUGCCAUCAUCGGAGGAACUUUCACUGUAGCUGGGAUCCUCGACUCCUGCAUUUUCACAGCAUCAGAGGCCUGGAAGAAGAUCCAGCUGGGGAAAAUGCAGUAGCGGUGAAACUCUACCCGAGUCUCCAAGGACAGGAGCAAAGAUUGAGAAAUCUACCACUACCUGUUUUUGUCUUUAUUUUCUAUUUGAUUGAAUCAGUAAGUUUUUUCUCUAAUCAGGCUGUUCAGUGAAGACGUCUUCAACAAAUCAAAGAAAUCUCCAUGCAUUUCAGAGCUCUGAGCGUGACAAAUCAAUGGAAUUGGGGCGUGGAUUUCGACUCUCUCCCCCUAGAAAGAGAGGUUGAAAUGCCGUAAUGAAAUACGCCGUCAGAUCUCAGCGAGGAUGACAGUCUGUUCUCUGGGAGGUUCCUAUGGCAGUGUACAAACUAGGUAGUAGAUUGCAAAGAGUUGAGCUGUCUUGUGGCACUUUUUGGAAUUCUGUUGGAUUUGCAUGAUUAGACAAUCGACUUUUGUGUAAGGCAAAAUUAUACGUUAGGAAGGACUUCCACCCGGGGUGCCAAAAAGGUGAUGUAUCUGUUGGAGAGGAAUGGGAAGUGUUAGUCCCCGUAGCAAACGUUAGAGACAGAGGGCAGAAAUAACAUCAAGAAAUGUUUUGUGCUUUUAUUGAAAGCUCUUUCGUUCAGAUGUGACCUUUCUAAUGACAUGAGCGAAGAGAAGAGGAAGCCUUC